CGAACGAGGACGAGUGGACUGUGGACGACCCUGGCUCACUGCGAGUCUGCGACCAGAGUGCAGAGUACCAGACGCCGACGGUCCAGACACUGAGACGAGACGACCAGCAGGGCGCAGGCUGCCUGUGCGCGAGCAGCGGGACUUAGGUUUUUGAUUCGGCUUUCGGAUAAAAAAGAAGACUUGGUUUCCAAAGGGAAAAAGUGUUAGUGGCCUGACCUGACCCAAAACCUGUUUGACCCGUUGAAAACUACCCAUUUGGACCCUAACCCGUUGCUCAAUCUGACCCAGCUGCCCAUUUUUGCCACCUCUGCUUAAACCCUAACCAGUCUCCAAAGUGGAUACUCCGGCCAUUUUCAUUUUUUGCGGUGAGUUUACUUCUUGAAUAGCCUGUUGCUGAUUUCAUAUCAUAUACAGGAGUUUCUGAAUCCUUUUAUACUUUUAAUUUCGUAAGAGGCAAUAGCAUUGUCAAUGGCGUUUCGGCAUCUAUUCUCAACUGUGACCACUGCCAUGAAAAACAGGCAGUUACUACAGGAAUUCACUUCCCUCGUUAGCCCUGACCCUAGGACAUGUUCCCUCUCCACCCUUAUGAUUCGUGCUUACUCAACUUCAUUCCUAAUCACCAAAACCCCCAAAUCCCAGAAGAAAAAACGCAAGAAGAAAGAAUCAGCAAGAACCAAGCAUGUCCAGCAUGAAUCUGAAUGUAUUCCUCACUUCGAGAAGGUCCUCCAUCGUGACAAUCACUUCCGCUUCUUCAUCAAAACCAAGGAGUAUCUCUCGAAACAGCCACAACAAGUCCUCUGCCUCGAUGAUGCUGGAAAACUCCACCGUGAGCUUGGGUUCCCUCGUGGCCGCAAAGUACUUAAAUUCAUCCAGCGCCACCCACUCAUUUUCCACACAUACCGCCACUCCAAUGAUAAAAUCUGGUUCGGGUUUACAGAUUUCAUGGAGUCAUUGCUGGAAGAAGAGAAGAUGAUCAUGGAUGAAAUGGAAAAGGAGAGGAUUGAUGUUGUCAGGAAGCUGCUAAUGAUGUCUGCCAAGAAACGGAUUCCUUUGAGCAAGAUCUAUCACUGUAGGUUGUUGUUUGGAAUUCCUGAAGAUUUCAGAGACCGUGUGAGAAAAUAUCCAGAAUAUUUCAAUACGGUUGUCGAGGAAGAUGGGAAGAGAAUUCUUGAGCUUGUGAACUGGGAUCAGAAGCUCGCUGUCAGCACAUUGGAGCGACAGUUCAUGGUUGAUGAAGAUAGAGCGAAAAAGGCAUUUCAGUUCAAGGUGAAACAUGGGAAAUUGUUGAAUUUGGAUGAACAAGAUGAGAGGAAGUUGAACUUGUUGAAUACUCUUCCUCUUGUUUCCCCUUAUUCGGAUGGGGCGAGUUUGGAUCUGUGGACUUUGGAGGCCGAGAAGUACAGGGUAGGGGUUCUUCAUGAGUUCUUGAGCUUGACGUUGGAGAAACGAGCAUCGAUUCACCAUAUAGUGGAGUUCAAAGAGGAGUUGAGUCUCACAAAGCAUACUUAUUCUAUGCUAUUAAAACAGCCUCGGAGUUUUUACUUGGCAGGAACCGAGAUGAAUUGGGUUGUUUUCUUGAAGGAUGCUUAUGGGGAAGAUGGGGUUCUGAUUCAUAAAGAUCCCCAGGUUGUGUUUAAUGAGAAAUUAUGUGAAUAUGCAGACAGGCAGGAACUUUCUAACUUCUAAUGAGCCAUUGUAUACAAGGAAGCAAAACCGAGGACAGCACUCGGGAGGAAGCUAAACCGAAGCAACCACCAAAAAGGAGCAAAGCUCAGAAGGGGAGAGGAGAAGAAAGAAAGCGGAAGGGGGGGGGGGGAGAGGUGGAAGAUUCCAGACAAGCUUAGUACGGGUCACGUUAGGGGAAGGCUUCAUGGUAAGGCCAAUCAGCUUGGACCACCAUGUCAGAGGAUCUUCUUUUAUUUUUUAAUAUGCAAUUAUUCUUUUCCUGCUAGAGGUGGUAGACGGUUCGAGCGAACACUAAACGACGAACGAUAGACCAAACAGUCUUGUCUUUGGUGGCUUGUUGGAACAUACUGAAAUAUCAGUCCAGUAACCGGAAGGUUUAGCUUUGGCUUAAGGCCAUUCUGUGGUUAGCUUUUUAGAAUGUGUAGAGAAAGAAUAGAGGAGUAACUUAGUUCCAACGUGAAUUUUGGAGUCUUCUAUGUUUUAGUUCUAUUUUUUUACCUUUGC